AGCCUUGGUUUCUAUUGCUGUGGCCCUGAGCGUGGUCAGAGUAAAAGGUUCAUUAGCCAACUGCGAGCUGUAAAGGGGCAUGGGAAUGAGAAUCAUCGAUUCAAUGAAAUAAAUAAAGAAUUGUCUUUAAAUAUAAAUAACAAAUGUCUCUCUAGAGUCUAGGCUCUAGAGACAAUGUCGGCCACCAGGGGUAGUCAGUAUACGAGUGAUAAUUGGCGACAGCACAUGCAAUUUUUAGCCAAGGGAUCGGGAACUUACCAUAGAGAACUAAUAAAAUGGCUGCAGUAACGGAAGAUUUUGCCAAGAAAUGUGAAGUGAAACAUAAUGAAACGCUGGGCAGAUAUGUGGUGGCCGCCAGUAAUAUUCGAGCCGGAGAAACGCUCUUGCAGGAGCAGCCUAUUCUGCUGUUGCCCAACAAUGGAGAUCGACGUUGUUGCAACUGCCACAAGUUGACGACAUUGUUUUGCGGCCAGUGCCGACUGUUGCCGUUGUGCGGGGAGUGUGCGGAUCACGAUGGACGCGACUGCAGACGUCUGUCGGCUGUGCAGCUGCAGGAGGAGCAUGUGGAGCAGCUGCAGGCACAAACGGAGGUUUAUACAGCUCUGAAGUAUUUGCUGCUGAGGGAGCAUUCCGAGACGCAGGCACAGUAUGAGGAGUUGCUGCAGAUGGAUUCACAGCUGGCACUCAGACGUGACACCGACAUCUGGCGCAGCUAUCGGGAAAGGGUAAUAACACCGCUGCAGUCAAGCGGAUUACUGAUGCAGUUGCGCAACGGAUCGGAAAUCAACGAGGAACUGUUGCAGCAUCUGCUUGGCAUUGCGGACAUCAAUGCCUGUGAGAUCCGUGCACCCGAGUCGGGAGGUGCCAUGAGGGGUCUCUAUAUGCGUGCUGGUCUCUUUGCCCACAGUUGCAUGCCCAACCUUGUGACGGCCAUUGACGAGGAGCGGCGUAUUAAGGUCUAUGCCAACUGUUCCAUAUCUGCCGGUGGGAUUCUCUACAACUGUUAUACGAAUAUUCUCCUGGGCACCGAUGAGCGUCGUCACAUUCUCAAGACGGGAAAGUGCUUUGACUGCCAGUGUGCCCGCUGCUUGGAUCCCACAGAGCUGGGCACCCACAUGAGCAGCUUUGUCUGCAACAGCUGCCCUGGUGGCUACAUUGUGCGCCAGCCGGAGACGGGAGUUUGGCAGUGUUUGCUAAAUGCGGAGCAUACGCUUAAGCCGGAGUUUGUUGCCAAUGUUCUGGAACGGGCCAAGGAGGAGGUUUUCCAUGCUCGCGACGAUAUCUAUCGGCUGGAGCUAUUACUGGCCAAACUAGGACGCCUACUGCAUGGCAAUCACUACGUGGUGCUGGAUCUCAAGCAGAAUAUAGCCUCCAUACUACGUCAGAUACUGCAAAAUAUGGCUCAUCGUCCUAAUCGCAAAGUUUACGAGCGAAAGAUUCGCUUAUGUCAGGAGAUAUUGCUUGUAUUGAAGGUUGUGGCACCGGGUCUCAACCGACUGAAGGCCAUUGCCCUUUACGAAUUGGCCAAUACUCAGGCAGAGUUGGCCCGAAAGUUGUACAGCGAACAGGAACACAACGCUGCCGAUUUAUUGACGGAGCUCCAGCAGACUGAGAUGAUGACGCGCGAAGCUCUUCGUAUGCUCCUCUAUGAGCCAAUUUUGACACCGGAGGGUCAAUUAGCUCGCAAUAUGCUAAAAGAAUUAAAAGAGAUCCAAAAUGAUAUGAAAGUGCUGCAGCAACCGAAUGAUGAUGUUAUUAAUUAAAUUAAUCGCUUGACUGUUAAUAUAAAAAAUGUAUGCAAAAGAUUCAAUACUGGCAAAAAAAAAAACUUUUUUAAAUUAUUGAUAAGCGCUGACAGUUGAAUAUAAAUUCCGUUACUGAAAAUAUCGAUUACUUGGCUCGGAGUUAGUGAUAUCGGAACUUGUAAGUAGCGGCGGUCGAUAAGAACAAGUGUUGUAUAUGUGAAAAAUAUACGUGUGCUAAAAGCUUAAA